GCCUCUGUAGAUUGCCUACUAAGCCGGUGCAGGGCCCGUUCUAGUUCGCUGUACCCGCGCUACGCCUGUAGAUCGUGAAUCACGUAGAUUGCCUCGGCUUCGCGAAGCGAUAUUCAAUGCGCCUUGCCUAGGGUGACGCUUUUAGCCGCUCUGUCCGCCACCCCUGUUGUCUGUGGCGGUGCUUCGCUAAUGGUUGUUUGCGUUGGUGUUCGAACAGCGGUUAGAAAGACGCAGCCGACCGCAAAAUUGCUUGCCUGACCGCGCGCAUUUUUUUGCUUCGUCGCAGCUGCGUUGGUUGGGUCAGCUUAGCGUUUCCGUCUGUGGAAGCCACGCUGUGCAGGUUAUGGAGGACCAGCUUCUGUCUCCAGGUAGUCAGACUGCCCAAUGGAGCCAUUCCUCGGGCCUCGUCAAGGGCCAACCAAAGGUCGCCCAAGAAGUGGUUCCUGAAGAAAGCCCACCACCUUCACUGUCGUCCAUAUUUGAGACUGCGUUUGGUGCCACUGUGACGCAGUCGUCGGCUGAACUGCCAAAUGUUCCCGAGAUGCCCAUUGAAUGUGGCUCUCCUCUCUUUGCCUCUGCCGACGAAGAUGCCGACAGUGCAUCCAGUCGGCUAGACCACGGAAGUCUCCGUGGCAGCCGCUGUAACUAUCGCCGUGCCACCCCUCCGCCACCGGCAGUUCCCCCGUACUCCCCUUACACCCCACCUCCAGCACCACAGCAGUUUUCGCCCUUCUCUACGCCCCCUUCUCACCCGCUCCUUUCCCUGACCGAUCUUCGCAUGGAUCUGCGGCUAGCCCCGAGAAGCGGUAGCGCAACGGCUUUCUUGUCCGCUGCAAAUGUUGCUCCUCAGAACCGGGAAUGGCAUCCAAGCAGCAUUGUCACGCCGGGCAUUGUCUCGACCACUGUUUACUCCUCGAGUGUGGUUUCUCCGGACGUUGCCUCGCCCUGUCUGGUGUCUGCGGGGGGCCUUGAGAGUGCCGAGGCGCGCCACCGCAAGCGGGUGCUCAGCGAGGGUGAGAGCAGCCACUGCAAGAAGGAGAAGCCGCGCAAGAUGUACCCUCAGGUGCCCGCAUCAUACGCUGCCUCCGCGUCGUCGUGCCGAAAGGUUGACAGUCGCAGGCGCAGCUCCGAGAGCGAAGACGGCGCGUCUGGUGGCAGGCACGGGGAGAGGUGUGGCUCUGAGCAGAGAAGCAGCUGCAUGUCGCCGUCGCCCAGCACAGAAACAGCGGCCGGGGCAGCUCAGCAGGGUGGAGCUUGCAGAAGGGUUACGAAGGCGUCAUCUGAAAGUGACAGUGAUGCAGACAUAAUUGUCACCCCACCCAGGCCCCGGUCUGCCCAUCAGUCUCGGCCACUGUCGCAGGAUGCUCGCAGCCAAGAUCACAGUUAUUUGGAAAAUCGGCCGGUUAGGGAGCAUCGGAGCCACCGUAGGGGGUCGUCGAGGGCUCAGCCGAGUACAUCUCAGGGUGCUGAGGGAGGCCAACUUGAGGCUGGGCAGCUAGGGCCGGACUGCCUCUGGCCUUCGGCGCCUGAUCUCCAGCUGGAUUGCCUCAUCAGUGAUGAUGAUGAUGAUAGUAGCAGUGUGGAGCUCGUCAGUGUGGAGCUUCCCAGGAACUACCGUCGGCCAGCCUCGCGUCAGACACUUGGCAGUGGCGGCGGACACCCCUCCACUUCUGGUUCGAGCCACGGUGGCGCUUGUGAUUUGUCGCGUCAUGCGCCGCGGCGGUCCCCACUGUCGAGAGGACCGCCAGAGGACUCGUCGGUGCUGCACACAGCUGCCGGCAGCAGUCGUGGGCUUUCUCGUCACGGUGCCGCAGCUGCUGCAUUUGUGGACCUGACGCAGUCGGAUGAAGAGAGUGGCGCUGCCGCAAAUGGCAGUGCCAACGAUGGGGCUGGUCUCCCCAGGAGUGGACGAGGAUCGCCUGUGUUGCCAACGUUUUCCUCGGCGCCAUCUUCUACGUUGCACUUCGGGCACGUGAACCCUAUACAUCCCUGUGGCGAACGUCCCCUCCCACCUGGCAGGGAGCAGUGCUUUGUCCGUGUGCACAGGGGCCUCCCUUCGUGUCCACUGCCGCCAUCGGGGGGUAGCCGGCUGCUCCCGAGCCACAUGCAUGGCUACCCUUCCCAGCCGUACGGGGUGACCCCACAGCCUCCCACUUCUUCCAGCCUGGUCUCUGGCUUUGCUAGCUGCCGGUUUCAUGGGAGUGCUGCUCCUGCAGAAACGCUGCCGCAGCAUGUCCACUGCAAUGUCGUUGAAAAUAGUGACUCCUGUGCACGGACCAUGGGUACUGCGGCGCCCAGUGCUGAGCCUUGCAGAAGCUAUGGAGGCUGCUUUAGCCAUGCAGGGCCAUCCAACAUGGUGAUGGGUCACACUCACGUGUACCCAGCAACUGCAAGCUCCCACGUCACCUACCUGGCUCCACCAAAUCCUCCUCCACCUCUGAACGCGGGUGUGGGCCCUGGCCUGAACCUGGGGCUGGGACAGCCGAGCUCGCCGUACCAGGCAUUCACCCCCAUGGCGACUGCCGCCCACUUUGAGAUUCCUACUCCCUCCUCGGCCGCCGUGUUCGCUCGCAUGAACCCAACGCACUCCAGGAUCUGGCAGAGUCAGCAGAGAGUGCAAGAGAUGCAGAGGCGGUGCAUGUACCAACACACCCUGUACAUGCAAAGGCAGCAAGAGGCGCUCGCCCUGCAGCGCAUGAUGGAAGCCCAGCGGGCAGCUGCAGGGCUGGCGGCAGGUGCUGCCGCCGCUGUUGCUGCAGCCGCAGCUGCUGUUGCAGCCCCUCCUAUUCCCGCGGCACCACCGGCACCGCCCGAGAGCCUGUACGUGUGCGCCAGUGCGGAGCGGGGGGGACUCCUGGUGGCACAGAGCACGAGGGAUGCAGCGCUGGCUCCCCAGGCUGUCCCCGAGGGCAGCGGCCGGGGGGCGGCCUCCUCGUCUGCGGAAAGCAGUGGUGGAUGCCAGGCGACACUGAGUCCACCCCCGGUGCAGGUGGCUAGUGAGGCGGUUGUGCUGGACCCCAGUGUUCAGGCCGAGGUGGUCAUCGCAUCCCCCACCGGUGCCGGAGAGGCAAGUGGGGGCCAUGCUCACCUGCAUCACCACAUCCACCAGCACCACUACCACCACCCACCGACACCACCGCAGAUCCACUCUUUCUCGCCCCUUACCUUGGCCCUGCCACCUAGUGUGGCGGCUGUCUCGCAGAGGUUCCCUGACCUGUAUGCCAUUUCGGCGCUGUCUGAUAUUCCUCAGUACGUCUCGCUGCCCCAUUACAUGCCGCUGCUCUCAAGGCAUGUUCAGGAAACCAUGAGGUUGUUUGAGCAUCGUCGCAUGGUAGUGAACCGUGGGGCUUCACAGAACACUAUUGAGCGAAACACGUUUCCUCACAAAUACAAAAAGAUUCCACGAAGCGGUGGUGACAGUGAGGACAACGUGGAGAAGUGCACCAUCUGCCUGAGUGAGUUCGAGGACAACGAAGAAGUCAGGCGUCUGCCGUGCAUGCACCUGUUCCACAUUGUCUGCGUGGACCAGUGGCUGACGACCAACAAGCGCUGCCCAAUCUGCCGCGUGGACAUCGAGGAGCACCUAAAGGACUUUGGCAUUUCCUCGUCAUGAUGCUGUCCUUCCGUCACAUGCUGUGGUGCCCAUGGCUGCUGCUGUCCAGAGCAGAAGCUGCAGGCGCGGCCACACGCGUCUCUGAGUGGCCUUUCCUCGUGUGACCACCCUGUGCUGUGUUUUUUAUAUCUCCAUCUCAAAUAAGAAUAAUGUUUCGUUUGUUGACAGACUUUUUUUUUUCUUUUUUUUGGGGGGGGGGGGGGCUCAUCCCCUUGUACCACGUUGAACUACUGUGCAGUGGCUCUGCUGACAAUGCUAGUCUGUUCUUCCGUUAAGGGACCUUGACUCU